CACACACUUCCCAUCCCGGGAGGAGAGCGGCGCACAAGAGCAACCUCUCUCUCUCUCAUUAUCUCUCUCCCUCCCGAACACACGCUCACGCCCGCGCGCACGCACGCCCUGCAUACGUCUCCACUUCGCAGUGGCAAAAUUACGGCACUGAUCUCAACGGCGAGUGCGGAUCUGUCUCCUGUGUUCGCCCCCUUUUCUUCGACGGACCGACUUUGGGACAACGCUCCUCGGGAGAGAAUUGACCAGGUAAAACCUCUCAUCCUGCAUGUGUCUGUGAGGACCCCUGGUCAUGUCCGAUUAGCUGCCCUGCGUGAUGCCUGAUCAUGACAGCACCACCCUCCUAACCAGACAGACGAAGCGCCGACGUGUCGACAUCGGGGUGAAAAGGACUGUGGGUAGCGUAAUAUUCACCCGUGCCAGGGAGAACCUGUUCGACAGCAUGAACCAAUCGCAUGGGCCCGAUCAGGACGGAGACUGCUCGUUGGUCAGUCAUAGCCACGGGGGCAUGAGCGGCGAUGGAGAGAAGUCGAAUGUCUUGAGGAAGUUGCUGAAGAGGACCAACUCGUAUGAAGACACCAUAAUGCCGUUCCCCGGUGUAACCAUCAUCUCUCAGCUAUUGAAGAAUAACAUGGGAAAGAAUGGAGGGAGUGACUCAGGCUUCCAGGGGAGUGGUGCUCUGUCCAGCGGAGGCUCGGAGAUCCAGGCCGAAGAUGCCUGCAGCAACUCCUCCCGCGACCAGGACAGCCCAUCUGACUGCCUCUCUCCUGGGCCUCCUCUUCCCCCUUCAUCUUCCUCUUCAUCCUUCGGGCGACCACCGCCUCCUUUGGGCCUCAACUCCCACGCUCCCUCUCAGACCCUCUCACUCUCCUCCUUCGACUUGGACCGGCUGUCGGAUGAGCACCUUCGUGCAAAACGCGCCCGCGUGGAAAACAUCAUCCGUGGCAUGAGCCAUUCGCCGCUGGUCCGGCCCAGUGCCGGCGACCACAACCAAGAAAGCAACCGCGACAAUGUGAACAGCAGCAGCAACAGCAGCAAUGAUCACAGAGGAGACGGCGGCAGCCACAACAUCAGCAACCACGGCCACAUCCGGAGCGACUGUCCCUCCCUCAUGAGCUCUCCAGGCUCCCGCGCCGUUGUCGUUGGUGAGGUUUACCGAGAGAAUAAGAGAAAGCAGCGUCUGCCGCAGCAGCAACACAGCUUCACCCAGCUGGUGUGUUCCAGGCAGGAGCAAAGACAGGAAGAGAGACGGCAGCUCAAACUGCAACUGGAGGACAUGCAGAAACAACUACGGCAACUGCAGGAGAAGUUCUACCAGAUAUAUGAUUCCGAGACAGAGGAAGAGGAGGAGAAUGGCGAAAGUGGAGAGGCGGACCGAGGAGGAGAAAGAGAGGAGGAUGGUAACUUGUCAGAGGACAGUAUACGCUCUGAUGGCUUGGAGGAAAGGCACAGGGACAGGGGGCGACACAGACACGAAGAGCUGUCCGAGCUGGACCCAGGUCUCUUCCUGGACCGGGCCCGAGCCCUCCUUCGAGAACAAGCACUGUUAGAUGGAGAAAUAGAGGAAGAUGUGGACGGCAGGGAGGAGGAGGAGAGGAACGAAGAAAGGGUGAUGAAGAGGAGAGGGGCCGCAGCAGGACGAGGGGGAGGAGGAAGGCAGUUAGCAGAGACACUGAAGCAGGAGCUGAACUGCGCCGUGUCGCAGGUUGUUGACACCGUCGUCAAGGGCUUCGCUUCACCCAAGCAGACCAUCAGUCACCAUCAUGGCUGCCACAGUAACACACCAGCAGCACCCUCCUCUUCCUCAAACUCAUCCUCCUCCUGUCCCCCACCUUUCGGGCCUCUCCCCUCCCUCACCCCUCCCUCACGAUUUAGCGGCGGCGCUCUGGCCCUCACUCUCAACGGUGACGGCAGUCCCACUCCAAACUAUCACUCCUCCAACCAGAGGCUGCACUGCUUCGGCGAUGUUAUUGUCCCGAGCCCGAUGGAUUCAUUCGGAGGCUUGAGUGGCAGACUGAGUGGUGUACCGACACCGAACGACCAAACAGAGGCAUUGCCGCUGGUUGUGCGCAAGAGUGGCGGAGGCAACGGAGGAGAGAACAUCAACCCUUCUCUUCCUCCUCCUCCUCCUCCUCCUCCUCACCACCAUCCCUCUCUCCAUUCCUCUCCCCUCACGGCCUCUCUCGGUUUUAGCCCUCCAUCGUUUCGCCACCCGUUCCCUCUUCCCCUCAUGGGUUACCCCUUCCAGAGCCCCCUGGGGUCACAUGGGGGCGGAGCUGGCUACCCUCCAGGGCCCAAGGACCACCAUCGGUCCUCCCCCGAUUCACUGGACAUGACCCGGGAAACGAUCAGCCUCAGAACCAAAAUGGCAUCCCUCGGAGGGGGUCAUUUCAGUCACCACCACCACCACCACCACCACAGGCAGAGUUCACCGAACCAGCAUGGACCAGAGGGUCUGUCCCUGGCUCUCAUCAAGUCUGAGUGUGGAGACCUGCAAGACAUUGCUGACAUAUCGCCCUACUCAGGCAGCACUAUCCAGGAGGGUUUGUCUCCCAACCACCUGAAGAAAGCCAAGCUGAUGUUCUUCUAUGCCCGUUACCCUUCCUCCAACAUGCUCAAAAUGUUCUUCUCCGACGUCAAGUUCAAUCGCUGCAUCACCUCCCAGCUGAUCAAGUGGUUCAGCAACUUCCGGGAAUUCUACUACAUCCAGAUGGAGAAGUUCGCCCGGCAGGCCAUCAACGAGGGCGUGACCGCCGCAGAGGACAUGACGGUGGGCCGCGACGCCGAGCUGUUCAGGGCCCUCAACAUGCACUACAACAAGGCCAAUGACUUUGAGGUCCCUGAUCGAUUUCUGGAGGUGGCUCAGGUGACUCUCCGGGAGUUCUUCAACGCCAUCGUGGCAGGCAAAGACGCUGACCCCUCCUGGAAGAAGGCCAUCUACAAGGUGAUCUGCAAACUGGACAGCGAGGUCCCAGACGUCUUUAAAUCCCCCAACUGUCUACAAGAACUCCUCCACGACUGACUAGGUCGAGGGAGGAAACACGGCAAGCAAGACAAACCUGAGCGGACUGUGAGCAGACUGUGAGAACACGUUUCUAGAGGCGCACAGUUAGGUUGAGGUCUUCAGUUUGAAGGAGUUUGACGAUGCAGAGACUUGUAGUUAUUCUACUCGGAGGCUCCGGGUGGAGGUUUGCUGGUGGUUGUUUUUGGUCAGCCCAUCUUUUAAAAGACAAACCCGCCUUCGAGAUGUUUUAUAAAGAAAAAAGAAAAAAUCCCUCUUCUCGUGAGUCAGAUGAUCCUCAGAUUAACAAAUCCUGCAGAGACUUUUAUGAAUUAAAAGCAAACCGGUGAGAAUUGAAUAUCCUUGCACUUACAGAAAAGCUCCUCCCAGCCUGAAACCCCAUCCCCUCUUUCUCCUCCACCUCGCUCUUCAUCCUGCUUCACUGAUGAAGAGGAGCAUUAAGUUUUCAGCCCAAGAUCUGGGAUUGGGUGCGAAAUUAAAAAUGAAGAUGAUAAUAUAUUUAAAAAAUCUUUUUAUUGUGGAUGUUACAUGGACAUUUUGGAAAAAAAAAGUGAUGUUUCUGUAUUUUUUCUUCUUUAUAUAAGCUUACACCUCUUCAGCCACACACACACGCACACGCACACACACACACGCACACACACACGCACACGCACACACACACGCACACGCACAUAGAGGAAAGCACAGUAGCAAUUCCAAAAAAACUUAGUUGUUUAUUUCCCUUCAUUUCCCCUCCUCUUUUAACUUCUUCCUCUUCUUACUGUACUGAGACUUUCUGGGUGUUCGUCUUGACUGUGCCCCCCCCCCCCCGGCUGCCCCUUUUGGCUCAUGUUGCAUUCACCCAGAGCACCGACAGGAAAAAAUCCUGACUUUUACGAUUUUAGAAGACAAAGUCAAAAAUCUGUUGAUGUGUUGAUAAUGAGAUUAUUCUAAAUCUUAGAAACCAGAUUAAAGAGCAACCCAUUCUCCUAAUCUCCAUUUAGAUUUUAUGCAUUUACACAACUCAUUCUACUCAUGACUACAGCCUGAACCUGCAAAAUUGACAUUUCAAAGUGACCCUUUUUCUUUUUUGUACAGAAACACAAACCUCAGCUCCCACACACUGUCAGCACUCAAGAGAAAUCACUCAAUAGCCAUGUUUGAAACCCUCAUUAGGCACUUACUUCAUAGAAAAUUGGGAAUGCCUGAUGAGGGCUGGGAAAAUAUACGUCAGUUGCUUUGUUUUUUGGCAUUUCUGUGUUUUGUACUGUUGUUGGAUAGUGGAUAAAUGCAGGAAGGGGAACUAAGGCCAUGUUUGGUGCUGUACCAAUUGUCAUUGUUUGCGUUUCAUUUUAAUUCAUAUGUCAUGUUUCGCAGAAUCUUUAACAUCUUUUUUUAUUACAUUUUUAAAGAACUGUGGAUUCAUGCAAGUCAGAUUGCUUAAUUUCAACAGUCAUUCCAGUUUCAUCUGGUCCUUAGAUCAAUAGAAUAUAGCGCCUCCACCAAGGUCCAACAGUCCCCUUAAAAAUCAAUAAAUGCUACUCCAAAUUUCACACACUCAGAUAUCAAUCCUCUAAAAUAUGUCUGGUGUUUUUUAAAUCAAGAUCCAUGAAUUAUUUCCUGGAAAACAUUCCUGGAUUAGCCCCCUGAUCCAGAUCCGCACCAAAGUUCAGUGGCUUCUCCCCUGACCCAUACUGCAUUUUAAAGAAGUCUGUUUUGUAGUUUUUGUGUAAAAAAACUUUCUUGGCUUUCUCUGGUUUUCACACUGUCUACAAUCAGGUGUGUUUUAAAAAAUUAACUUGAAUUUCCCACAUUCUGACAUUUUAACCCCCCCGUCAUCAAAAGCGACAAACCGCGGGAUGGAAGCGAGGUUUUCGUUUCAGAUAUUACUCUCUGGGCGAACAAGAGGGGCAGCUGCACCAGGCGGGUCGUGUGUGAAGUGUUUAAGGUUUUAACAGCAGAAAAUAAAAAGAUGACAUACAACAAAAUGCUGAUAUUUGUAGCUUGUAUAGAUGUAAUAAUUACUCUGGUCACUCUGAUACUUUUAUUAUUUAUAAUUGAAAUAAUUAUUCCUAUUAAUGUUAUGAUGAUGAUGAUGAUGAUGAUGAUUAAUGCUUGCUACAGAUAUGACCAGUGGUUUACUCAUUGUUUAUCC